CGCAGUCGCCCGCGCAGCUCUAUCCUCCUGGUCGUCGUAGCGACGGACGCAGGCUCGCUGUGCCCACUGCAUGAACAUGGCCAAGGCGUAUUCAGCGACGGCCGUCGCGCCAGGACCAACAAGCCGUCGCACCCGCAGUCAGAGCGCACAACCACAAGAAGCUGCCAACACGCGUACAACUCGCAGCAGACAGAGUUCCGCAGAGCCGCGCGUCGCAACUGCGAAGAGCGAUGCUCGCAAGAACAAUGCCCAGAAUGCAGCCAAAGAACUGCCGACUGUCGACGAGAAUGGCAUUGGCGAAGAGGACGAGGCGGACACCGAAGACCAGGUCGAAGCACAGACCGCAGAGGAGGAGCGCAAUGAACUUCAGACUCGUCGCACCUCCAUCGGUUCGGCUUUCUCGGGCACCACUGCAAAGACAUCGUUCUCGCAAGAGGAAAUCAAUAAGCUUGACCCUGACGUGAUCUGUGAUGUGCUGCCCGAUGCUCUCACAGCCGCGGAUAGAUUGGCGCAGCUGCUCCUGCCAAGCGGCCUCAAAACACCACCAGAGACGUGGAAGGAGAUCAAGCGCACUGGCUCCAAGCACAACAAGCUGUACUCCACACGCUGGGACUCUCUACGCAUCCUGAGACCGAUUCUGACGAGCGUCGAGUACGUCGAACCGACUCACGUCCUACGGGCAUUGCUGAAGGUUCAGUCCGUGGCUGAUGUGCAGCCUGCUUCUUGGCGACCGGACAACAUCUUGUACAAAAUCAAUAUGGCGCUCAUGUUGCGAGCUGUGCUUGUCCUUUGUGAUCCGUCCGAUUGGACCGAGGACGCGACCGGAGCGUUGGAGAGCCUGGACAUGGCAUUUCCAGCUUGCAUUGCUGGUGGCAAACUCGAUUUUUAUGCUCUCCAGCUAUGGCUAGAGAUCGCCGCACAUGUGACCAUCAGGAGGUUAGACUCUGCCAUUGACAGCGGCGCAAGCUUCUCUCCCCACGAGGAAAUUGACAACGUCUUCAAUGAUGGCAAUGAGGAAUUCAAACAUUACAAGGCCUUUGGCUUCAUGUCAGCCAGCGAAGACGAUCGGGAACGAGGCAUGGACAUGGUCGAACAGCGUCUCACUUUAUUAAAGGCGCCCUUUGACCAAGAUGGUAUAGAUGCCACUGCCUCUAAUGGACAUCUCAAAACCCAGUUCCGCUGGGAUGACUUUCGGUCUAACACGCUGAGGUACUAUGGGCCCCGCGCCGAGGAAGUGGAUAGACACAUAGAAGCUGCGGGCGGGGUUGGAGCAAUCGUGAAGGGCCUCGAGCAAGAAGCCGACCGUGUAGCGAGCGAGAAGACGGCUGAGCGGAUGAAGCAAGAGUAUACCAUGACUAGCAAGGCUUCAAGACAAAGCUUGGGUGGAAAAAGCGCCAUGGCCCUGCUGAAGGGACGGGAGAAGCAGAUCACGCAGCAACAGCCUGCACCCGUGGCGGUCAUGUCCGCACCGACUGCCCCUCCGCAAGGUGAGGACGUUAUCGUCCACGACUUUGGAGCUCAGCAAGAACUCGAAGAUUAUUCAGAGGCACAAGAGCACGAGGAGCCUGAGCUGGCGCCCCAGUCGACUGCGCAACAAGCCGUCGCUAGGCUCAAUGCCGCCCAGAGACAGAAUGCCAAAAAGGAAAAGGCUCGUCUGAUCGAUCGGCAGGCCAAUGCGGAGCGCAUCAGCAGUAACAUGUUCGAAGAUAGUCAGCCGGAGACUACAUCGACUGCACCCAAACGCACUCAUGCAGAGAUGGAAGACGAGGCGCUAGACGACUUUGAGCCCACACCGGAUGCUGGCUUUGAGAACAGUGUCCGCGACUACAGCAAUGCUGCGCAAAGGCGCGCCGAAGUGGCGUUCCAGCAGGCAACACAGAGAGCGCCGCAACGCUCCGCUACCACUGCGUCUCAAGGCAGCCCAGGGGCAGGGACAGAGCUCUCGAGACAGUACGCGUCUACACAGCCGAGCCCUGCCAAGAGACAACGCAAGAAUCCCGGCGCAUCGAUCCCUCCACCACGAUCACGACCACACCCUGAAGACCCCGAAGUCCCGUCGAGCGAGUUCUACCGACAGGCAAAGGAAGAUGCCGCAUACAACCGCGUCAGCUCUACGCAGAGACGCCCACCUCAAAUUCGGCAACCCUGGACAGACGAAGAGGAAAGCGCACUGAUCGAUCUCAUUGUGGACCAUGUGGAGGAGGAAGAAAGCAUCAGCUACUCCAGUCUCAAAGCCAUUGAUCGAUCUCUCGAAGAAACAGGAGAAGCGAAGCUCAUGCAAAGAAGCGCAGAGGACAUCCGAUUCAAGGCGCGGAACAUGAAGCUCACUUUAUUGCUCGCCGACAGAAGGCUCCCAAGAAAUUGGGACAAGGUCGUACUCGAUCGAAAGGCCAUUGCCAAGUUGCAUUCUCGGGGUAUUGCGUACCACCAGAUGCGGAUCAGAGCGAGUCGGAGGCGCUCGGCGGACGCCCCUUCAUCUCCAAAUGUUGGGGUAUCAUAUACGACUGGCGGCGACUUGUGAAGAAUUUAUGUUACCGAUGCGCCGCGAGUACUCUUUUCUUGUCGAUGAUACCAUUUCGUAACUUGUGAGCGUAGUACUGUACCCUUAUUUAUCCUAUUGUUGCAUUUUCGACUUCUGAACAGCUCCUCUCCUCUUUCUGUUCCAACAAGUAUCUCUCCCUCGCAGCCUAUUCGCAUAUAUCACUUGCAUAUCGCAGAAAUCUGCCAGCUAGGACAUUCUUACGGCAACGACCUAAUUACUACCUCUGCGGGCAACUCACAGCUGACAUGUCUUCUUGCCGUGCCAUGUGGAUCUUGCAGGUCUUUCGCCUUGUUCGCCAUCUCGUUGAGAUCCCAGUCCCAAACCUCGGUCUUCCCGUCCAUUCUCCAAUCAAAAUUACUCUCAAAGCACCAAAUAGUAAUGUGACUAGAAGAUGUUUCCGGUGGUGAACUAAUCGAUUUCAGGACCAGAAACGAAUCGUUGAGUGCAACCUCUUGCAUCUCACCGUGAGCCUCCCCCAGGAGUGCCACUGCAUCCACCCAUCGUCGAGACGGUGGUAGUCCUUCUGUAGGCGACGCGUCGUCCCUGAUUUUGUAUAUUGGUGUGAUGUCACUAAGACGAGGGUGAGUGUGUACAGCUCCUUUCCAUAUUGACAAGCGCCGAAUGUCCUGAGGACUAUAAUGAUCCGGAAAGGGGUAGUGCUGUCUGUAUAGCUUUCCCUUCUUGGCAUCGAACAUGGGUAUCAUACAAGUCAGUGGUCGAACGUGAUUCAUGGUCUUUGCAAAAGAAGUGGAGAAAGCCCACUGUGAGCGUAAACCGGUAGGAUGAGGUGCUGCCAAAGCGCCACCUUCAAGUCUUAUAAGGUCAGGUUGCAUGGGCAACCGCAACACGUCUUCUUGUUCUACUGCCGCUAGAUCAGUUCUUCCAAGCUGACCAGGCUUGUUGUGAUAUCGCUGAUGCGCGAACCACAGAAACUCUGACUGGUCAUCAGUACCAUGGGCCAAAGCCACUUCAGAAGAGUAGAAGAGGUCUGUAGUUCCAGUAGUCUCAUUCACUAGCAUGGACGAUGGUGCUAUGCGCGGAACGCCCGGUGAAGCAUUGGCUGGAGGCGAGUGGGAGCCUUCAACAGGUGCAGUCUCGGUGGGAGAUGGAUAAC